CCCUCUUCCCUUCCCUUCCUCCUCUUCCCUCCGAGUGGCCACAUCGAAGAUCGGGUUCUUCAUUCUUCAGAAAUCAGAACCCUCCUCGUCGCCUCGUCCUCUUCCGCUUCCGCUUCCGCUUCCGCUCUCCAAACGAUGGAUCAGUAAUCGGUGUUUCCAUAAUUUAUAAUAAUAGAUGGACGCUGCCGCCGACGGAUCGCUUCCCUACUAUCACUAUGAAUGCCCAUGUCUUACAAUGUCGGAUCCGAUAGUGAAGUAUGAGAUGGCUAGCUGCGACAGCAUCGUCAUCAACCUGACAUUCAUGAAGCAGGUUCAGUAUAUAACACGACAAAUGGAGACAUCAGUUUUUGAUCGCGUGGACCCGCCAGAGAUAUUUAAGCAAGCGUGUUACCAUAAAGAUGUCACUGAAUUUGCCUCCGAGGAGGCUGCCAAACGCGCUUGUCUUGACAUCCUCAGGGAGGUCGAUGGUUUUUCUAGUUCGCCUCAUAUGUUCGACGGUCUAUCACGAGAAAUCGGAUCGUCGGUCCGCGCAGCAGCGGAGGCAAAGAAGGCCUACAAGGAUCCCGUGGUUGUGAGAUUCAGCGCGCGUAUUACUCUCUACAACAGAAUGAUUCAUGACGACAAGGUGGCUCGGGUUCAGCUGCUGCUGAGAGCGGCUGCUGUACCGAAACGAUUGAGCGGCGAGUCGUGCCCGAUUUGCUUGCACAAGUUCGACGAAGAGGUGGAUUUUCUGGAGCUCCGAUGCUCCCAUGCCUUUCACCAUUCCUGCAUUUUAAGAUGGUUAAGGAGGUCUACAACUUGUCCCACGUGUUACCAUGAUAUCACCAAAGACCUACCUUGAUCGUCGCAGUAGACUCUGCCUACGAGCGCGUCCUUCUGUUCGAAGCGAAGCUGGACAAGCAAGAAGAGACGAUGACGCGCCGAAGUCGUCAUCCCUUCUGUCGGGAUUGUUUCGCUGCCAUUUUGUUCUAAUCUUUUGUUUGCUUGUUUUUCGAUUUUUACGUGUUUCUGCAAUGCUUACCAUAAAGAAUUGAACUAUGACUAGUAUGGCCUGUUUCAUGCUUCUCUGAUUGGCGGAUCCAAUUUAUGAGUUUCUGCAAUGCUCACUUCUUUUUUUC